AUGUCUCAAAUUAAAUCUAACAAAAAGUUCAAAUGGGCUUUGGACUUCAACCAAAAAAAUCGAACACAAGCAACCGAGUUACCGUCGCCACCAGGUUAUAGUCAGUCUGCCAAUGCGAGCUACACAGAGGCAUCUAGAGACACUGAUUCUAAUCUACUAUUGAUAAAAAAAUUGUGGGAUGUUGCCCUUGGACCCCUGAAGCAAGUGCCAAUGAAUUUGUUCAUAAUGUACAUGGCUGGAAACUCUAUAUCCAUUUUCCCUAUUAUGAUGGUGGGCAUGCUUAUUGUUCGGCCAGUGAAGGCUUUGUUUGCUACCCAGAGCACAUUCAAGAUGGUUGAAGGAACUCAAGCUACUGGACAGAAGUUUGUGUACUUUAUUGGAAACAUUGUCAACAUAUUACUGGCUCUUUAUAAAUGUCAAAGUAUGGGACUAUUGCCAACACAUUCAAGUGAUUGGUUAGCAUUUGAGGAACCCCAAACCAGAGUUGAACACAUUGGAGGAGGCUUAUCCCUUAUAUGA